UCCUCGCGUCGUGGGCAUGCCAUAGCGUUGCAAUCCCAGCCAUGGAGCCUUCUCGAUGUGCGUAACCACCUACCAGGUAUCAUGGAAAUAUAUAACGAGACUGGCGUCGUCUGGGGGAGGAAGGAAAAGAGGAGACAAUCAGUAGAUCCUUCAAGCAUCGUGCCUUCCUCACCCCGCCUCUUCACAGUUUGAUUACCAGGUUCCAGGUCGUACUUGGCCACUUAAACUCCUCUUCUCUCUUUUCCCUUCCUUCCCUUUCUCCUUCCUCACCAUGUUUCCAACGUGUGGUCGUCUCGUCUCUGCUCUCCAGCUUGCCUCCUCGGUUCUCGCUGUGACCGCUGGACUAACCCCCUCUCUCGAAUCGAGACACGAAGACGGCACUCCUUCCUGCAAAGCUGUCCCCGGAACACCGUCCUGGCCGCCGACCCGAGACUGGGACCGCCUCAAUGAGUCCCUUGCCGGAAGACUGCUGCAACCAACUCCUCCAGGAGCUGUCUGCCAUCCCGGACAAGGAUCCUACAACGUCACAGAGUGCGAAGCCGUCCGCAAAGGAUGGUCAACCUACGAGUUCCACCAAGCCGACCCCAUCUCAGUCGACUGGAAUAAUUGGACCAACGACACAUGCCUUCCAUUCGAGGGUAGUCCAUGCAGCGGUCAAGGAUAUCCUGUCUUCGUUGUAAAUGCUACAGAGCCACGCCACGUUCAGCUCGGCGUCCAGUUUGCUAAACAACACAACGUCAGGCUCGUCAUCAAGAGCUCUGGUCAUGACUACAUCGGCCGCUCAGUGGCUCCCAACUCGCUCUCCAUCUGGACGCAUCAUAUGAAAGACAUCAAGACCCAUGAUUCAUUCCGCCCAAAGGGUUGUAAAACCACCAUCAAGAGCACCGCCGUCACCGUCGGUGCCGGUACUCAGAUGUGGGAUCUGUACAGCGCCCUCGACCUCCUGAACCAAACGGCCGUGGGAGGUGGCGGGAAAACAGUUUCGGUGGGCGGCUAUGUCACGGGUGCUGGCCACGGUCUGCUAGCACCGAGUAAUGGCCUCGCCGCAGACCAGGUUCUCGAAAUGGAAGUAGUGAUGCCGAAUGGCAAGUUCGUAACCGCAAACGAGUGCCAGAACCAAGACCUCUUCUGGGCCAUGCGCGGUGGCGGCGGCUCGACCUUCGGCGUCAUGACCUCCGUUACAAUGAAAACUUUCCCAACCCCCAAGCUCGAGUCCGCAACCGCUAUCAUCGCCACCCCGCAGAUCAACGACACUCGCCCCAUCUUCGAUAUGGUUGCCUACGUCCUCAGCCAGCUCCCGUCGCUAGGCGACCAAGGGCUGUCGGGCUACUCCUACAUAUUCCGCCAGUUUGCCAACCCUUUCGACGGCGGCAACACCACCAUAGGCGGCCUCGUCUUCAGCGGCGUGCUACAGGACUCCUCACCCGAGGAGCUGCGCGAGCUAUGGGACCCCAUAUUUGCGCACGUCAAAGCCACCUGGCCAGACUUGUUCAUGACUAGCUAUUACCAGCCCAAAUCGUUCCCGUCCUUCCUCGGUUGGUACUCGGAAAACUACGAUACUACCCCGGCCGGCGAAAACAGCGUUCUCGGCUCGAGGCUGCUUGACCGGGAAGCACUGACCAAGGACCUGACCGGUCUCUCGGAGGCAUUCGAGCGCUUCACCGACGGCGAGGUUUCGACGGCUUAUUUGAUCUCUGGGAAGGGCGUGCACAAUGCGAAGCCGAGGGGCUGCAGCGGAAACGCGGUGCUGCCGGCAUGGCGGAAGGCCUACAUCCACGCGACCUUUGGCGUCUCGUUCGAUCCACUUGACCCUGCCGCCGCUACGGCCGCGGAGGCGCGGAUUCAGAAGCGUGUGGCGGCGCUGAGGGAGCUGGCGCCCAACAUGGGCGCGUACGUGAACGAGGCGGAUUACCGCGAACCGAACUGGCAAAAGGAAUUCUGGGGUUCGAACUACCAGCGACUCGCCUCGAUCAAGCGGGCCGUCGACCCCGAUGACGUAUUCUGGUGCACUCCCUGCGUCGGCAACGAGCGCUGGGAGCAGGUGGACGACCGUCUGUGCCGCGUGGAGGACGGGGACCUGUAGAUGUAGGGUGCUGUCGUUCCUAGUUCCGAGU